AUGAAAGUCAGCCAGCUCUACGUCUACCCGAUUAAAUCCCUCCGACCAACAACAAUCACAGAGGGAAUCCUAACCACACGCGGCUUUCAAUAUGACCGCCACUUCAUGCUCCUCAAAGUCAUCCCAGCCGAGGAUGGCUCCGGCACCACGACCUUGAAGAACAUGCAUGUCCCGCACUUCCCAGAGAUGGCCCUCUUCCACACCGACAUCGAGUAUCCGCAGACAGAAAAGGACGGCGGGAAAUUAAAUAUCACAUACCACCCUCCUCUGUCAGACGCAGCUCCCAAACCCCGCGAAACCAAUCGACUGGAAAUCCCACUCCAGCCCAACACAAAAAGCCUCAGCCCUCUCAAAAUUGUAAUGCACAAGAGCCCGACAACAGGAUACAACAUGGGCACAGAGUACAACGACUGGUUCAGCGCCUGCUUCGGGUACCCCGUAGUCCUAGCCUACCUUGGACCGCACUCAAGAGAGGUGCUUGGCACACUUGCGCCGGCAAAGCGAGACAAAAAGACCGCAUUGCGCACAAUACGCGAAAGUCUAACAAGAUCCAACAGGAAAUGGGAGCGGGUCCUCCCGAUUCUCAUUAUAGCAUCCGCGAUCAACAUACUCCUUCAGGGUGGUACUCUCGUCCGCGACGGGAUAACUCCCCAAACAGCUCGCAGUCUCACGCCCACGCUCCUUUUCACUGUUAGUGCGGCGGUGCUAUAUUACUUUUACAUACUGUACGCACAGCACGAGGACCGCAUUACCUUUGCAGACUGUGCGCCUUAUUUGGUUAUCUCUGAGACAUCCGUUGAUAAUGUCUCAGCGCGGCUGCCGGACGGGGAAAACAUGGACCGCACGAAGUUCCGGCCUAAUAUUGUUGUUUCGGGGGCUGGGGAGGCUUUCGAAGAGGACUUUUGGGGUGCUCUGACUGUGGGCGCUGGAUUAGGGCGUGGGUCGAGUAGGCUGUUGUUGACGGGAAAUUGCGUACGCUGUCAGAGCCUUAAUGUCGAUUACGAGACUGGGAAGAUGGGGACUGGUGAGUCUGGUGCUGUGCUUAAGAAGUUGAUGAAGGAUCGCAGGGUGGAUUCAGGGGCGAAGUUUAGUCCUGUCUUUGGUAGGUAUGCUUUCUUGGAGCCGAAGGGUGAGGGGAUUAGUCUGAGGGUUGGGGAUGAGGUUGCGGUUGCUGAGAAAGGAACUAGGAGGUCUAUUUUUGAUUGGCCUGGCAUGACGAAUUGA